AUGCCAUCUAUUAAGGGAUUCAUCUCGGGACUGAGAGAAGAUGCCAGUACCCAUUCGCAUGGGUCUGACGAACCCCUGACUGGGAAACAACCACAAACUAUCGAGUCAACUGUUGAGGAGUCUUCGCUCAAGUCUGAAAGUACCGUUGAUGCGAAGAAUCCAUUUUUGGACCCUAUAGUGGCCAAGUACUACCGUGAUACUUACGAAAAGAGCAAGUAUGAAUGUCGUGAGCGGUUUGAUCCCGAGUUCACCUGGACCGAAAAGGAGGAAAAGAAGAUUGUAUGGAGACUCGAAUGGAGAGUUACUUUCCUGGCUUGUUUCAUGUUUGUCGCUUUGCAAACUGACCGUGGUAAUCUUUCUCAGGCUGUUGCUGAUAACAUGCUUGAAGACUUGGGGAUGACCACCAACCAGUACAAUACUGGUAACACCAUCUUCUACUUGUGUUUUUUGUGUGCGGAGCUUCCUUCUCAGCUGGUUUCCAAGAAGCUUGGGCCAGACGUCUGGAUUCCUACUCAGAUGAUGCUUUGGUCGGUGGUUGCCAUGUCUCAAGCUGCGCUGAAAGGUAAUCAAGGUUUUUACGCUACUAGGGCUCUGUUGGGACUUCUCGAAGGAGGGUUCAUUCCAGACCUGGUUUUGUGGAUGUCUUAUUUCUACACUGGCUCUGAACUUUCUGUGAGGUUGUCGUUUUUCUGGACUACUCUUUCUUUGACAACUAUCAUCACCUCGCUGCUUGCUGCUGGACUGCUCAAGAUGAGAGGUGUUGCUGGUUGGGCAGGCUGGCAGUGGCUUUUCCUGAUCGAGGGAAUCUAUACAUUCCUGAUUGGUUUGGCUUCUGCAUUUUUAAUGGUCCCUUCGGUCGUUCAGACCAAGAAACCUUGGAACAAGAAGGGUUGGUUCACUUAUCACGAAGAGAAGAUCCUGGUUAAUAGAGUGCUCAGAGAUGACCCCACGAAAGGUGACAUGCACAACAGACAGGCUAUCACACCUUAUAUGCUGUUCCAGGCCAUCUGUGACUACGAUCUCUGGCCUGUGUAUUUUAUUGGACUUAUUGCCUAUAUCCCAACGGGCACUUUGACCGCAUAUCUGACUCUAUGUUUGAAGAGUCUCAACUUCACCACAUUCCAGGUCAAUUUGCUUGCUAUUCCAUACAACGUGAUCCAUAUAGUUCUUCUUCUGGGAAUCACAUGGUUCAGUGAGAGAUUCAACGAAAGAUCUUUCGUCUGUCUUUUCCAACCUUUCUGGACGAUUCCACUGCUGGCAAUCCUGCGUUUCUGGCCUGGUUCGAUGGUCAACAAAUGGGGUACUUGGGUGGUGGCUACUCUCAUGCUGGGAAAUCCAUAUAUCCAUGCCAUCUGUGUUUCCUGGUGUUCUCGUAACUCGCGUUCCAUCAAAAAUAGAACCGUGAGUGCUUCUCUUUACAACAUGUUUGUACAGGCUGGGUCCAUCAUCGCUUCCAAUAUCUACAGGACUAAGGAUAAGCCUCUGUACCACCAGGGCAAUUCCGUCCUUCUGGGUAUAGCUUGUGCUUUAAUUCCCGUCCUUCUUCUAACUAAGGUAUACUAUGUUUGGAGAAACAAAUCUAAGGCGAAGAAAUGGGAUGCUAUGUCUAUUGAGCAGAGGGAAGAGUACCUUGCAACAACCACGGAUCAGGGAACCAAGAGGUUAGACUUUAGGUUCGUCCAUUGA